AUGGACAGCGUGUGUACAUCAGAAAAUGUACGUGCAAGAGCAAUGUCACCACCGCCAGCAACAUUAACUGAAUUUUUCACAUUACGUAGAAAUGAUGCCUUUGCAUGGACACUACUGCACUCUGAAGUACCAACUUAUUUUACGUGGAAUACAUCAACAAGAAAAUUUCAGCGUCGUAAACAAGGUAGAGCAGUACAAGGACACCUAAAUUUAUAUUCCACAUAUGUAUUGGGUCGUCUGUACACUGUUCAUCCAAAUAACGCAGAAUGCUUUUACCUAAGAUUAUUAUUAAUCAAUGUUCGUGGAUCAGCAUCUUUCCAAGAAUUAAAAACAGUCAAUGGCCAUGUAUGUGCUACAUUUCGUGAGACUUGCCAGAAUUUAAGUCUCUUAGAAAACGAUGCUCAUUGGGAUAUUUCACUCGCUGAUACUUCUAAUACAGCUCAACCACAGCAGAUACGUACUCUAUUUUCUAUUAUACUAACUACAUGUUUUCCGACUAAUCCAAAGGAUCUCUGGGAAAAAUAUAAAAACUAUAUACGUGAAGACAUUCUACAUCGCAUGAGUAGAAUAAAUGCCAAUCCUAACAUUCAAUUUACAUCAAUUAUAUACAAUGAAGCAUUAAUUUUAAUUGAGAAUGUAUGUUUGACAAUAGCCAACAAAUCACUGACGGAAUUGGGAAUGAUUGCUCCAAAUAGAUCUGGUAAUGACAUUUUCGAUAUUGAUAUACAACGAGAAACGAGCUUCGAUGUUAAUGAAUUACAAACAUUUGUUCGAAUUAAUCUGCCGAAAUUGGUAUUAGAACAACGAGCAGCAUGUGACACAAUUAGAAAUGCAAUAUCUAACAAGAGUUGUGGUUUAUAUUUCUUAGAUGCACCUGGAGGUCCUGGCAAAACUUUUCUUAUUUCAAUUAUUCUGGCAACUAAUAAUAUUGCCCUUGCUAUUGCAUCAUCUGGUAUUGCAGCAACUCUUUUGGACGGCGGUAUAACAGCACAUUCAGCAUUGAAAUUGCCAUUAAAUAUGCAGGUAAUUGAAACUCCAGCGUGUAAUAUUAGCAAAGAUUCUGGGAUGGGAAAAGUACUAAGAUCAUGUCAGCUUAUAAUAUGGGAUGAGUGCACCAUAGCACACAAGAAAUCUUUGGAAGCACUCAAUCGCGCAUUAAAAGAUUUGAGAGGAAAUGAGCAGCUCUUUGGUGGUACACACAUUUUGCUAGCUGAGGAUUUUAGACAAACUCUACCAGUUAUAACACGUUCAAUACCUGCAGAUGAAUUGAAUGCAUGUCUCAAAUCAUCAUUGUUAUAG